GCCUACAAACCGGAUUAGACUGUCGAGAGCCGGUCCACCUUUCGUCUGGCCACGCUGAUGGAAAUUUUCCAGACGGUCGCCAUCAAUAAAACAACAAAAAUUAUAAAUAAUAAAAUAAAAUAAACGGCGUCAUCACUUAAGAGUAUGGUCCGAUCCCUAUAUCAUGUAGAUGGGACGUCCGCCCGACGUGGCUCGUCUCCGGAGCGUGCGCAGAUCUGCGAAACUGCGCAGCCGCCGUUUGACUCGGAACAGAGUUCGAGGUACGCGCAUCACAAUUAAGCCCCUCCGCCUCCACCAUCAGCAGCAGCUGCAGCGGCUUCCGGAUGUGAGGACGAGCCGAGAGGGGAUUAGCGACAACAAACCCCGGUGGAGGAGAAAGAAAGAUUGCCGAAGCCGUGCGGACGUUUGCGGUGUGAAAGAGGACACGCAAAGAAGGAGCAGACCUACAAAACCCACACAGACACAACCAUGGGGGACUACUAUGAUAUUUUAGGAGUCCAGAGAAAUGUGUCGAAGGAGGACAUCAAAAAAGCGUACAGAAAACUAGCAUUGAAAUGGCAUCCAGACAAGAACCCCGACAACAAGGACGAAGCAGAGAGAAGGUUUAAAGAGCUGUCAGAGGCAUAUGAGGUGCUCUCAGAUGAUAACAAGAGGGAUACGUAUGACCGAUACGGCAAAGAAGGCCUUUCAGGAGGCGGAGGAGGCCAUUAUCACAAUGGCGAUCACUUUGGUGGAGGCUUCACAUUCCGUAAUCCAGAGGAUGUGUUCAGGGAAUUCUUUGGCGGCAGAGAUCCAUUCGCAGAUUUCUUCGCUGAUGACCCUUUUGAGGAUUUCUUUGGUGGGGGUCGUAAUCGCCAGCGGAGCCGAAGCAGAAACGGGGGGCCAUUCCUCCCCAGUUUUGGGGGUUUCCCAGGGUUCGGGGCGGGGUUCUCAGGGUUUGAUUCAGGCUUUACCUCAUUUGGACAGAUGGGCGGAGGGGGCUUCGCCUCCUUCUCCUCAUCAUCCUUCGGUGGCGGGGGAGGAGGGAUGGGUAAUUUCCGAUCCGUCUCAACCUCCACCAAGUUCAUCAACGGCAGAAAAAUCACCACAAAACGGAUUGUGGAGAACGGCCAGGAGCGGGUUGAGGUAGAGGAGGAUGGUCAGUUAAAAUCUCUAACCGUCAAUGACGCCGCUGCUGGAGACAGCCUGGAGGAGGAGUUCUGUCGCCGCAGACCGAGCGCCCUUCCCAGCAUCCCCCUCCACCAGCGCUACCUGAGGAACACCCCGCAGAACAACCCCCCUGAGACGGAGGAGGAGGAACAGCAUGGUCUGGGACUAACGAGAGGAUACAUGGACACCAAAAGGAAGAAACUGUGGCUAAAGGACGCAGAAUCCAAAAAGAAAAGAGCUCCACGAUUCGUCCCUCGAUGUGGGGGAAUCGGUGCCUGGUUUUAAACCUUCCCCACACCGACCAUACGUGCACAUACACACACAUGUUGGCAGGAACACUGUCAAUCAUUCGUGGCAUUAGUGCUUCUUAGCAAACUGUUGUAAGCCCAGCAUCCCUACUGCUGCACUAUAUCUUCUCAUGUCUAUCAGCGCCACAGCGCGGAGCUUAACUCCCAUCCGUCAUCCCGUAUGCAAGUUGCUAUUCAAAUUUUCAUGCUCGUUCUAUAUGCCCCAUCUUUUCUCCAUCUUCCAACACAUCAUCUCUCAUCACCCGAACGCCACAGUCUACGGAGACCAUCCCUCGCUGUUGGUUUCCGAAAUACAUAUUUAAUAGUUAAGUUUCUGCUAAUGUCGUGUUUAUUUGUGGGGAGAACGUUUGACCCUAAGGAUGUACAGUGCACAUUCAGUUAACACAAAAUCCUCUUUGUUAUCGUAAUUAAUCUCCAAAGAUUGGACGUUCCCACUUUUUGUUUUUGUUGUUGUUGUUGUUGUUGUUUUUAGAGAAAAUGUAGAAAUUGUUAGUGUUUGAAAGGGGUUAGGGGUGUGUGGAGGAUCACAGAGGCUUUCUUACUCGAUAGGUGAGGAAAAGGCUGCAACCAACACUUUGCAGAAUACGAUGAUGCCGAGGAUGAGUGAACGUUGAGUUUUUUGGUGGGUCGUCUUUUUGAUGAGGAAGGGCAAGGAGGACAUGUAAGAGGACAAGGAAAGGAAAAGCGGUAUUCGUUACGGAAAAAGCGAACAACCCCUUGUCACGCCGCUCGUCACCAUACAUGAAAACUGACAACGGCGUUCUUGUAAGUUGGAUUGAUCCCUUCUGUUGGUAUUCACACAAGGUGACAAGGAUUAACUGCUCACAAAGUUACUGUUUUCGCUCUUUUUGUAGGUUUUUUUUCUAUUGAGUGGGUUCAGAAAAACGUCUUCUUCACCUUCCAUGUUGUGGUUUUAAAUUAUUAUUAUUUCUUAAAUAACCCAUUUGAUCAAAUCUGACCUAAUCAUUGUUAGGUUAUGUUCAUGCUGUGCCAGAAAUGCAAGCAUCAGACAUGUUCAUUUUUUACAAACACCUACCAAUAAAAGCUUAUAGUAAA